AUGUCGACCCUUAUCAAGCCGCCGCCCAUCGACUCCUCGAAGUCUGCUAUCGAGCAGAUGCUCGACUUGACCCAGCUCACUCCAAUAGACCCCGACUUGUUCACCAAUACCCAGCCUCUAUGGCAUCCGCCCGGCGCCCGUGGCAUCUUCGGCGGCGCCAUUAUCGCCCAGUGUCUUGCUGCCGCCCAGCGCACCAUCCCCGUCGACUUUAACAUUCACUCGAUGCACUGCUACUUUGUCCUGGCCGGCGACUCCGAGAUCCCCGUCAUAUACCACGUUGAGCACGUACGGGAGGGCAGGUCAUUUGCGACGCGCACUGUGCAGGCCCGGCAGCGCGGCAAGGUCAUAUUCACCACGACGUUGUCCUUCGUCAAGAUGAACAGCGCAGGCAAGAGGAAGGUCGAGCAUGCCUUUGCCAUGCCCGAAGUGCCUGGGCCAAGUGAAGAAGAGUCGCGGCGCCAUGCGAACGACGACGACCAGCCGUUCGAGAGCCAACGGAUUGACAUUGGCAACAAUGACUCGCCGUACCCGCAUGAGAAGAAGUGCAGGCAAUGGAUCCGGGCGCGCGGGACUAUAUCGCCCUCAGGCGGCCAUCAGGCACAUCUCUCUGCCAUUGCAUACAUGUCUGACAGUUUCCUGAUAGGUACCGUCGCUCGCGUGCACGGAGUGUGGACGUUCAGGUCGCAGCGGGGCGGACAACCGACCAUCGAUGAGGAAACGCUCCGGAAAAUGCUCCACGAGGACGAAGAGAAGGUGAAGCGCAUUCCUGGAAUGACCGACCAUGUAAUCAAGGGUCUGCGCGCCGGUAAAACCCUUGCAGAGGCUGAGGAAGAUAGGCCGGAGAUUGGCAUGAUGGUCAGUUUAGACCACACAAUAUACUUCCAUAGUCCACGGGACUUCAGAGCGGACGAGUGGAUGUUCACUGAGAUGGAGAGCCCCUGGGCGGGCGAUGGGAGAGGACUGGCCAUCUCCAAAAUCUGGAGCAAGGACGGCAAGCUCAUCGCUACUUGCGUGCAAGAGGGCGUUGUCCGCUUGAAGCAGCCAGCCGAGAGCAAGCUGUAG